AAAAAAAAAAAAGUCAUGAAUUUUUAAAAAAUACAUACAAAAAUUGCUGUCAGUUGCCGCAACGGUACAGAAACAAAAAUCCAAUUCAAUUAUAUACAGAGAGAGCUAGAAGAGAUAGAUGAGACAGCGAGCCACAGAGAGAGAGAGAGAGAGUGAGAGAAUUGAGAGAUAGAUGGCGAUCAAAUGCCUUCGGUCGAGACUUCUAUUUCGAUUCCUGGAUCAUCGAGAGAUGGAAGAACUCGGCGCAAUCCAACGCCAUCUUGGACGUUCUCCGCUUUUAGAAACCGUGGUGACGAAUCCGAAAGGAUCUGCCAUUUCGAUUGCGGGGGGAUAUUGGUGCACCUAUAACAGCCGACUCACAAGCCGCAUCUCAAGUAACGGAAACAAUGAAAGCUACGGAAAUGGAAACUGUAGAAACAGAGGAUACGGAAAUGGAAGCUGCAGAAACAGAGGAUAUGGAAAUGGAAAGCUACGGAAAAGGAAGCUAUGGAAAUAGAGGCUACUGAAAUGGAAACUGCUAUCAGUUACCACAAAUCAAGCAUAAGAGAAUCGCAUGAAUUCUGGGAUUUGAAUUUUGUAUUUUGAAUGUAUAUGACAUAUCUUCUUUUGUUUGUAAUAUAUAUAUAGAAACACUUGUAUGUAAAUUGACAAUAAAUGAAAAAGAAACAGAGGUGAUCUUCAUCCAUUCUUCUCUAAACAUUUUACAGAGUAGAAUAUUCAUCACUAACUGCACAAAAGCAGCCUUUUAGAGUCGACCUCAAUUGAUAAACAAGAAAG